GACCCUGAAGAGUCCACGCGCCACUAACUCGGCCGGUCACUAAAUUUGUACUGGUAUCAACAAAUAGGUGCCCUCACCAACUGCUCUUUACGUCUAACAUGUGGUUUAGAGAUGUAUAUGAUAUCGCAUUAGGUUUGGGGAACUUCGUCCCACAAUAUUUAUGCAUAUUCCUAUCAACAUUGCUUGUUUUGACACCUUUUUCUCCUGUUGAUGCUGUUCAGGAAUUCACCGUUUAUCGCGCCCAACAGUACGAUUUCCAGGGUGUUCGUAUUGGUAGUCGAUUGUCGUCUGUAAAUUGUGAAGCCCAAACACAAAGCAAUAAAAUUGUUGGUCGAAACUGCCUUCUUUUACGGUUAGCAGAAGUGACAGUAGAUAUUAUCAAAGAUGCCAUUUACCACAAAGUUGCUGGAAUUAUAAUUAUUCUACCAUCCCAUCCGUGGUCACAGGCAUUAAUAAAUCAUUUUAUCCAUGUAGAAAAGGAGUUAUUAACUGAUGAAUUUCAAAUCCCUAUCUACUUUACUUUUAACAGUUCAUCAGUACAGGAAGUAUUUGAACAGGUUAGUCAACUCACUAGGUCCAAUACACAGAACUCAGGGUUAUCUGCCUUAACUCAAGCAAUAUCGUCAACUGGGUACCGAUUGUUAACUGGAUCACCAGUACCAAAACCUAUAGCUGAUAAUUAUGUGUUAAAUAUAGAGGGUCGUCUUGGGAAAGAGAGUGCUAAGUCCACUAUUAUUAUUUGUGCACAUUAUGAUGCAAUUUCAGCAAUCCCUAGUUUGGCUUAUGGAGCCGAUGCAAAUGGUAGUGGUGUGGUUAUCUUACUGGAACUUGCUCGUCUAAUAUCACGUCUCUACGCAAAUGAAGCUAAUAAAUUGCCCUAUCAAAUUGUUUUCCUUUUAACUGGUGGUGGAAAAUUCAAUUUUGUGGGUUCCAAACGAUGGCUUGAUCAAAAUAUUGAAGAUUCUGUUGGCUUAACUCUUUUGGAUUCUGUUGCACAAGUGAUCUGUUUGGAAGGUUUAGGUUCACCGAAUUUUGGUCAAAAUAUUUAUGCACAUGUAUCUAAGCCACCAAAAGAAGGUUCAUUUUUAUAUCAUUUUCUUAAAGCUUUAAAUAUGGCCAGUCAGUUACAUUCAUUUCCAAAUGAGCUAUUACUUCACAAUUAUCAAUCAUCAAGUAAUAAUGAAUCCAAUAAUAAUACCAUUCAAAUGAUUCAUAAAAAAAUCAAUUUAAAUCAAGAAAUUUUAGCAUGGGAACAUGAACGAUUCUCUAUACAUCGUUUACCUAGUUUAACAUUAUCUAAUUGGCCAUCUGUACAAAUUGCAAAUCAAUGGCGUCAAACAUCUUUAGACGGUAUUCAUAUUAUUAAUAAGAAUAAUGAUAAUAAUAUAUCACUAGAUCUUUCUAAUCAAACUACCAUACAUUAUGGUACUGUUCAUUCAGCUGUAUUAGCUCGAAAUACUCGUGUUAUAUUAGAAGCUCUAUUACGUGUUCUAUAUGAAAUACAUUCAAAUGAAUCAAUUAUCAUGAAUAAUUCACCAAUUGUUGGAUCUCAUUGGUCUAAUGAAAUUACAACAAGUACUUUAUUAGAUUUAAUUACUAAAACUCCUCGUAGUGCACAAUAUUUAACUUCUAAAUGGAUUACACAUUACAAACCUAUGGAAUAUAUCUCUUCAACAGAUCAUAAAGUUCCUUUCAAUAGAACAAGUAUUAUUAAAGAUUUAGAAUAUUAUUUAUCACAAAUUAUUGAUGAUGUUCAUUUAAUUCAAUAUUCAUUAAAUGAUGAAACUAUUAAAUCUAAUGAUAAAAAAUCAUCAUCAUCAUCAUCUUCGACUUCUUCUUCGAAUCCUAAAACUAAUCGUAUAAAAAGUAAUACUCAUUUAGAUUCUAGUGAAACAGAAUUUAAUUCAAUACCAUCAAUGAUUAUUACUUCAUUAGCAGCAUCUACAGAAAUAGAUGUUAUUUUAUAUACUGAUAUAAUUCCAUGUAUUAUGUCUGUUCAUAGGCUGAAGUCGUCCAUAUUUGAUUUUGCUAUUGCUUGUUUAAUAACUGGCUACCUUGGAUUGUUGUAUCUGUUCUUGGAGCAUUUCCAUAUGGUGCAAAGUCUUUUCAAAUUUAAUCGAAUAGUAAAAUCAAAAUCUCAAUGACACUAUGACCUGGUAGUUUACGAACGUACGUAAUGUUGUAAUCUGUUGUAAAAAAGAUGAAAAUUGAACAGCUUGUCGUUGGGGGAGUGUUUUGUGUGUGUGCAUUUCCAUGUACAUUUACUUGUAUGUUCUAAUCAAUAUUAGUUUUUAUUGGGCCAAUACUCUGUAACUUUUAGUCUUUUAGUAUAAUUUAUUAUAUGUAUACAUCAUUUUUUUGCAUAGUUCGUUUGGUUACUUACUAUGUAUUUCACGUUUUUACAAAUACCUUUAUA